UCCAAUCCUGUAUAUAACCUAACUAAACCUUCAGUGGAGUGCUCGUCCUCACACCCUCUGUGUUGAGCAGCGCAGUGAAAUAUUGUACGAUAAACCCAGGAAACGUUGAUCUAUGGGUAGCCACCUUACAAAAUUGCAAAGUGUUAACACGUGUAUACAACAGUAGCAGUGUUCAAUCCUCCGCUACGUGUACAUCCUAGGGAAGAUGCACAACGUACGAACAUGCAACUUGUGGAUGGAGUGAUCUUCACGGACAGCGGCUCUUCUAUCUUUGCAUAUGAUAUUUCAGGUUUAAGUGAAUUAGCAUCGACAAGCCUCAUCAUGGAUACCGUAUUAUUGAAUGACCACUUCACUCACAGUACCAUUAUAACCUAGGAUCCAGUAUACAUAUAUAAAUAGCUUCUCUAUGGAUAGUAAGCUCAUGAACCUGUCCAAGGACAACACGCAUGUGACUAACCUAUCAACGGAUUACUCACCAUAUAAUAUAUCCAUGGACAGCAUCCCUACGAAUAGCCUGUCCACGGAUAGCAUGUUUUUGAAUAGUAUAUUCAUGGAUAGCAGACCUAUGAACAGUACGACCAUGAUUAGCUUCUCUACGGAUAUCCUAUCUAUGGAUAUAUUAUCCAAGGGUAACCCAUUUACACAUAGUUUAAACACAGACGAACUAUUUGCAUAUCCAUCACGCACAGAUUGUGAAACAUUGGAAUCCAAUCUUACCACAAUAGACUCCCUCGUACUUGGCGAAGCAACCACCUUGCCUGGUGAAGAUACCACCUUGCAUGGCGAAGAUACUACCGUGCCUGGCGAAGAAGCCCCCGUGCCUGGCGAAGAGGCCGCCGUGCCUGGCAAGGAAACCACAAUACCUGGCGAAGAAACCGCCAUAUCUGGCGAAGAAACAAUUAUACCUGGCGGAGAUACCAUCGUGCCUGCCAAAGAGGCCACUAUGCUUGGCGAAAAAAACAGCAGCAGCAAGUUACUGGAGGAACAGCGCCAAGCGGAAGCAGUAGAGGGAGCCGUCAUCGCGCCCUUGGAGAAGCAGCUUGCCUCACAGCUGCUAGAGCAACACCAGUGGAUAGAGAUUGACCUCCCAUCAUUAGAGGACUUGGACACCAUCAUCAGCAGCUACCUGAGUGAGGAGGGUACUACGCAGCUUCAGCCUGACAUCGUUACCUUCCUGGAGGAACCUCCUGUAGAAGGCCAUGUCCUUCCCAGUAGUAUACACUCAUCUAACUUUAGUCAGGACAGCGUCAGGUUCUGUAGACAGCAACGAGGACCUCCCGAAGGCAGAAAGGACUGCGCUAGAUCACGUAGACAACGUCGGCGAACUGUUAAAAGCAAUCAGAACGAUGUUCGGUCAUGUAGACACAGCUGGCAGGUGAGUGAGGGGAGGCAGAACAACGUCAAGUCCUGUAGACAACGACGACGUACUCUUGAAGGCAGUGAAGGUGCAGUUACUUCCAGCAAUAAACCACGACGGGGAACUCUUACUCUAGAGAACAGCUUGACGAAGGACGAGAAGAGAAAGAGAGCACGAGAACUGAACAACGCUGCCUCACGCUUGUACCGUCAGCGUGUCAAACACCUUCGAGAGCAUGUGCAAGAGGAACUUAAAUUUUUAGAAGAAAAAAAUAAAGAGCUCAAAGGCAAAGUUGAAAAUCUCAAUAGAGUAAAGAAGAUUUUCAAAACAUUUAUUAAAGAAAAAGCACAGUUGGGAAACCUCAGCCCUGCAGCCAAUAUUUUCCCUAUCUUAAAAUAAGGAAUAAGUUGUACUUCUCAGAACAGAUUAACAUGUUUUGCUUUCUUGCGUAUUUAAUUGUGAACGCAUACGAAUAUUUCUGUGCAUUAUAAAGAAAAUAAACAAUGGAAAUAAUCACACUGACUUGAGUGGGUUAUCCUCGGUUAAAGCUAUACUGUAUAAUGUACCGCUGUUU